AGAAACCUGAAGGCUGUCGUCAGAGCGCUGGAGACGACGGAGGAGCAGACGGCGUCUUUGGAGCGGACGUGCAGCCUGCUGAGAGACAAACUGGAGGAAGAGGAGGCGAAAGCUAAACAGAUUUUAGAAUUAUCUGAUCGAGCUGUUCUAAGGCUUCCUCCUGUCCCUCCACACAAAGAGGAAACUGCAUUUGAGUCACGUUUGAGAAAGAUUUUACCGGACGGCGCACGCGAGACCGUCGCUCAGAAAUUGGGGGGAGUUCUGCAGGAACCCGAGGCGUCCCGGGAUGCUCAGGUGCUGCUGCUGCAGGCACACAAACACGCCCAUCAACUCUUCAACACACGAUCUGACUCAGACUGAAAAACUGAAACACGAAAAAAAAAACUCUUAAUUUCUGAUGUUUUUUCUGUUUUUGCUUCCCUGAAUUUGGUGUUUUGUGGUUUGUUUCAGCAGAAAGUUUGACACGAUUCAGCUGCACCUUGCUGCUUUUUAUUAUACUUGCAAAAACAAAUCUGUAUUUUACAUUUUCCUGAAACACAGUUGCAAAUAAAGAUUGUUUGUUUUAAA